AUGGCGAACCAAUUCCCGAGUCCGACACCCAACGAUUUGAUGAGGUGGCAUAACAGCGCAGAUGCCGGCGGCUUUGUCGACGGCACGGCGCAGGGCGUGAACUCGUAUGGCAUGAUGCCCCCCCAGUCGCAGCAGCCGUCAUCGCAGCAAUCACAACAGCCCUACGGUCAGCAUCCGACCCCUGGUCCCAACAAUGCUCUCGCACGGCGGCAGAUGAACCGGGCACUGGUUCCCACCGCCCAGCGCGGCAACUUUGACCCAAACGCCGACCCGUGGGGCUAUGCGACUGACGACUCCUCUUCGCUAAUCCAGCAACCGGGCAAUGGCGCCAUGAACGAGCAGGAUAGCAUUGAGGCGCUUGAAGAGGCUGCCCAAAAGGCAAAGCGCGAGUCGCAAUCCAAGAGGAAACAAAUUCCACCCUUUGUCCAGAAGCUCAGCAGUUUCCUCGAUGAGGAGAAGAACGUCGACCUGAUCAGAUGGUCUGACAAGGGCGAUUCGUUCAUCGUUCUCGAUGAGGACGAAUUCGCCAAGACGCUGAUACCCGAGCUUUUCAAACACAACAAUUAUGCAUCUUUUGUGCGGCAGCUCAACAUGUACGGUUUUCACAAACGAGUCGGUCUGUCGGACAACUCGAUGCGCGCGAGUGAGCGCAAAAACAAGAGUCCGAGCGAGUACUCAAACCCGUACUUUCGACGAGGCCACCCUAAUCUGCUAUGGCUGAUCAACAAGCCCAAGAAUGGCGGAGGCAAGGGCGGCAACAAGAAGGCGAAGGCACCAGAAGGCGAAGUAGAGAGCGAGGAAGAGGUGGGCUUUGACGAGAACUUGCCCUCGGGUCUGAACAUCCCGGCUGCCGCGCAAACCACGCGAGCCCUGCCGCAGAGCAACAUGCCACUGGAGAAGAAGGAAAUGGCCAUGAUUCGGGAAGAGCUGGCCAAGGUUCGAGAUCAGCAAAAGAUCAUCCUCGGCGCCAUCAACCGCAUACAGCGAGAAAAUGGGAAUCUAUAUCAGCAGGCAGCCGUCUUCCAGGAGCAGCACGACCGCCAUCAGAACUCGAUCAACGCCAUCCUUAAUUUCCUUGCCAAUGUCUUUAGGAAGACGCUGGAAGACCAGAACGGCUCACAGAACGUCAACGAGCUGCUCGCGAGCAUCAUCCCUGGGUCCAUGAACGGCACGAUGCCCCAGGGCAGCGUCGUGGACUUGGGCGAUUUCGUGCAGGCGCAGACCAACGGCCCGAGCGGCAUGGCCGCCCCGAAGCGGGCGAGGGGUCUACUGCCACCAAUCCCUAACAGCAACGCCGGCCGCGCCAGCACCGUCUCCUCGACGCCGUCAGCGGCCCCGACACCGCAGACGUUUGGCCACCACAACCCUGAGCCUGGCUCGGUUACGGAGCUGUUUGAUACUCCCGACAACACCAACUCUCCCGAUUACCUAGCGCAGGAGCUCAAGUCAAACCCCCACGAAAGCAUGAUGAAGAUCAUCCAAGACACCAACGCCAACAACAAUACGACAGGAGUUGACCUUCCUGACGUUGUCGCCAACACGCCCACGACAAUGACCAACGACCAACGCCAGCAAAUGCUCAAUAACAUGAUGGCGCAAACUUCCGAGCAACCGUCAAGCGGCAUCCCCGCCGCCGCCGGCCCCAACGCAUCCACCCCCUCCUUCCCCACUGCCAACAUAACCGACUCGGCCUCCAAGGCCACCGCGCCCGAUUUCUCCCUGUCUCCUGUCAUGGGAUCCAACCCGCAACCGCCGAGCCUCAGCAGCAUCAAUUACAACAGCGAAGAACUGGACGCCCUGCGUCGCAUGUCACAGGACAACACGGACAAGAUCCAUCACCUGCAGAGCAUGCUCGGCCCCUUGAGCCCUUCGGGCCGCAUACCGGGUCUCGAUGAGUCGGACAACACGAACAACUAUUUCGAUAACGGUGCCAUCGAUGCCGGCCUCGACUUGGACCAGUACCUCGACUCGGACGCCUUCAAUGACACGGGACCCUUCUCUGGCCUCGACUUCAACGCCGCCAACGCCCCCGAAUUCGACUUUAGCCUGCUCGACGCCAACAAUGCCGCGGCCGCCGGCACCAGCGCUCCCGGCACCGGCUCAGGCCUCACGCCCGGCGCCGCGGGCCGCGUCCAUGACGUGGGCAGCACGGGCCAUAACACGCCCAGCCCGGCGGGCACGGAGGAGAUUCCGCGGGACGAGCUGGCUGGGUACGACGGCAGCCCGCGGGACCUGAAGCGACGGCGCGUGGAUUGA